AUGGGAUAUGCAUUUGUUGAGUUUGAGGAUCCACGCGAUGCUGAUGAUGCUGUGAAACAGCUUAAUGGAUAUGAGUUAGAUGGAGCUCGAAUCGCUGUAGACGGAUGUUUUUUAUGUGGAGGACAAGGCCACUGGGCUAGGGAAUGUCCAGAUGCUAGAGAAAAGGGUAUGGACGUUAGAAGUGGUCGCUGCUUUCGAUGUGGUGAAUUAGGUCAUUUGGCCAAAUAUUGCAGAGGUGGCGGUGAUUACGAUCGUAGAGCACCAUCCCCUCGUUAUCGGGGUCGUUCUCCGUAUUAUGGAGGUCGCAGCGGCGGUUAUUAUGAUGAUUAUGAUCGUUAUCGUCGAAUCUCUAGUCAGAGCCCUUAUGGAUAUGAUUAUGGAAGGAGAAGUCCAAGUCCUUAUGGGUAUGUUUAG